AUGACGUACGCUGACGGCAGCGUUGAGGUCUCUCUAUACUUCUAUCCGGAUUUACUGGCGAAUGCCAACUCCAUUUAUAGCAAAGAUUACACUGAGCAAUACACUCAAAUCCCAUUCAUAGCUAGUUUGAAAUACAGCGUAUAUCCAGUUCAUCCAGAACACCGUUUAAUUGUCCAGUAUGAUUGGGAUGAUGUUUGGGCGCAGACGUCAUCAAGGAUGGGUGAUAUGAUGGAUUACUCCUGCAAUGAUAUGGCUUCAGUGGAUAUGAACGACUAA